AUGAUUCUCAGAAGGGAAUCAAGAUUAAUAUUGGCAGCACUAUGCAUAGCGGUUGUCCAAUCAUUCGUCCCAGCUGCACGAACCAAGUCGAUCCGACCUGCAUUCAUGAGUGCUGUUGCAGAUGAGGAAAAAGCCAAAGCUGCCGAAGAAAGAGCACGCAUGGUGAUGGAGGCUGAAGCAGCAAUGGCCAAUCCCGAUCCAAUUGGAAUUAAAACCAUCAAGCAAAUGGAGUUGGGAGGCAGACCAUUCCCUCUUUCCAUGAUUGUUGGUCAAGAAAAUAUUAAGCAGGCACUUCUUCUAGCAUCUGUCAACCAGCGCAUGGGAGGGGUUGUGAUUUCUGGAAGAAAGGGGACUGCCAAAUCUGUCAUGGCUCGUGCUUUGCACCAAUUGCUUCCGCCCAUCGAAGUCAUCAAGGGAUCUCCUUUCAAUAUUCAUCCUGAGGGUGAAUUCGGUCUUGACGACUUCACAAGGGCCGAGAUUGACAAUGGUGGUAUCCCACUUGAAGAAAGAGAGACGGAAAUCAUUGACUGCCCUUUUGUGCAAGUACCAUUGAACGUUAUGGAGGAUCGUCUUAUCGGAAGUGCUGAUCUUGAAGAGAGUGUCAAGACCGGAAAGACAGUCUUCUCUCCUGGUCUUCUCGCAAAGGCACACAGAGGUGUUUUGUACGUUGACGACAUUAAUCUUCUUGACGAAGAAACUGCCAACAUUCUUCUUGGAAUUGUCACUGAGGGAUACGUUACCGUCGAACGUGAGGGUCUUUCGCUGAGAUAUCCAUGCAAACCUCUUCUUAUCGCUACUUUCAACCCCGAUGAAGGUGAACUCAGAGACCACCUUUUGGACAGAAUUGCUGUUGCUCUUUCUGCGAACGCACAACCUCUCGACAUCACCGACCGUGUUGCAGCGGUCGACAGUGUUCUCAACUUUGCCGGAUCUGGUCCCCAAAAGACUGUAGAAGCCGAGACAGCUUUGCUUGAAGCCAUCGAGAAUGAAGGUGACCUCAAGACUGCCAUUGUUUUCGCACGUGAAUACAUCAAGGACUUGACUAUUGCUCCAUCCCAAAUCCAAUACCUUUGUGAAGAAGCUAUCCGUGCCGGUUGUCAGGGACACCGUGCCGAAAUUUUUGCCUGCGAGGUUGCCAGAGCCAGUGCUGCAUUGGAGGGACGACAAAUCAAUUCUGAUGAUUUGAAACUUGCUGUCAAGCUUGCCAUUGCUCCCCGUGGAACCUUUAUCAACUCGCCCAUGGACGAUGAAAUGCUUCCACCUCCUCCACCGCCACCACCGCCGCCGCCGCAAAUGGACGAUCAACAAAAUGACAACGAAGAGGAUCAAGAAGAGCAAGAAGAACAGGAAGACGAGGACGACCAACAAGAGCCAGAUGAGGAAGACGAUCGUGAAGAAUCCGAUGUCCCAGAGGUUCCACAAGAGUUCAUGUUCGACGCUGACGCCACGCCAAUGGACCCCGAUCUUAUCGAUUUUGCCAGCAGAGAACGAGCUGGAAAGGGAGGAGGCCGAGGCUUGAUCUUCUCUAAUGACCGUGGUCGUUACAUCAAGCCCAUGCUCCCCAAGGGUAAGGUCGUCCGACUUGCAGUUGAUGCCACCCUCCGUGCUUCUGCCCCAUACCAAAAGGGUCGAAGAGAACGGGCUAUUGGCACAAAGUACGAGGGCCGAGGUGUCCACAUUCAACAAUCUGAUGUCCGAGUCAAGAAGAUGGCAAGAAAAGCCGGUUCUCUGAUUAUCUUUGUCUGUGAUGCCUCUGGAUCCAUGGCUUUGAACAGAAUGAACGCCGCGAAGGGUGCCGCCAUCAGUUUGCUGACCGAAGCCUACCAAAGUCGUGACCAAAUCGCCUUGAUUCCAUUCCAAGGAGAAAUGGCAGAUGUGUUACUUCCACCCACCAAGUCCAUUACAAUGGCAAGAAAGAGACUGGAGCAAAUGCCGUGUGGAGGAGGAUCACCUCUUGCUCAUGCCAUACAGACUGCCAUGUUGACUGGACUCAACGCUCAAAAGACUGGAGAUGUUGGAAAGGUCGUAGUCGUCUUGAUUUCCGAUGGUCGUGCUAAUGUUCCAAUGUGCGUCUCUAUGGGUGACGAAUUCGACCCUGAUGCCGAUGAAGACUCCAAGGAUGGCAAGCCCAGCCGAAAGUUCCUCAAGGAAGAAGUUUUGGCCACUGCGAAGAAGUUGGGUGCCCUUCGCGGCUUCAACUUGCUGUGCAUUGAUACUGAGAAUAAGUUCAUCUCUACUGGAUUGGCCAAGGAUAUUGCCGAUGCCGCCCUUGGAAAGUACCAUCAAAUCACCAAGGCUGACGGAAACGCCAUUGCCAGUGUGACCAACCGAGCACUAAAUGAGAUCAAGGCAUCUUAG